AUGAUUACUUCUGAGAUUAGCGCUGCAUCCAGCUAGAUGAAAAGGAGAGGAGAAUAGGAAGGCAUUUAUGAGUGUAAAUAUGUUUGGACCGCUGAAGAUGUUGAGAAACUGAACGACCAGUACGAUUGUCAAUAAGGGAAUUGGAAGUUGAUAAGUAAAUUUUUGAAUGGACCAAAUCCUCUUGAGUGUAUGAUGAAAUGGCAAUAAUUGCAUCCAGAUAAUACACUUUCGAGACAAUUGUGGUCUCAAGAUGAAGAUGAGUAAUUAAAAGAGUUGGUGUAGAAGUACGGCAAGAGAUGGAGCAAGAUAUGUACAGUGAUGAAUUGGAGAACUGGAAAAUAAGUUCGAGAACGAUAUCUAAAUUAACUCCAAGGACAUAUCAAUAAUGAGAAGUGGACUGAAGAGGAGGAUAAAAUAAUCUUAAAACUCUACAAAAAAUUUGGAACUAAGUGGAGCUACAUCUCGACUUUCUUGCAAGGUCGGCCUGAAAAUAUGGUCAAGAAUAGGUUCUAUGCCAAUUUAAAAAGGAGAUAUCAAUCGGAUCUUGAGGAAUCUGACGAUGAUGACCAAUAGGUAGAUUCUUAAGAUUCAUUAAAUAUUACUAAAUAUAAAAAGAAAAAGAAAAAUAAACAUUAUAAAUAUAUUAAUAGUUCGAUUAAGAUAAAGAAAUCCUAGCUCAAAACAGUGAAAUCAGACAUAUUUGAAAGAAUGACUCGAUCCAAGGAGAAGACAGAACCAUAAAUUAAUGUAAAAUAAGAAAAUGUGGAUAUAAAUGACCAACAAAACAGCCCAGCAGUUUAGUAAGUAUGCAUAAAAGAAGAGCAGAUAGGAGUUGAAAGUUAGUAGAAUCCUUAGGAAUUGUUAUAUUAAUAAUAGGAGUAUUAAUUUUAGGCUUUCUAAAAGUUUUUAUAGGAAUAUGGAUAGCUCGGCUUAUAAUAACAAUUAAUACUUAACUAAAAUCAAAUUGGUAUCUAACCAUUGUGUCCGAGAUGCUUGGGAAGUUUGAAUCCCAUGGGAUAAUUGUAUACAUUAGCAGAUAUUAGUCAUAUAUUUAAAAUGUUUUAAUAUCAGAUGCUUAUUCAAUGUUAACCGAAACUAGAGAUGACUAGUUAGAUGUAAAAUCUAAGUUAAUCAAAUAAGCAAUAUAAUAAUAUUAUAUUGCAGUGACAUUUGGUUUUUGAAAUCCAAAAGUCCAAUGAAAAUGUUAAACAUUAUAUUAAUCAAUAACUUA